AUGACUGAAUGGCUUCCCAGGAAGGCAGAACAAUCUCAUCUACGUCUCGAACUACUAAGAGCUGCAGAUUACCAUGAUUUGCAGACUUUGUAUGCAGCCAUUGUAGAAGAGAUCUCUAUACGAGACUUCAGCAAUGAGACCAUCUUGGAAUUGCUAUCUUUAGGAUACAAAUAUACUAGAGACAACUCCUCUUUGAAGGCCGCUGCUAUCAAGUACAUUGUACAUCUAAGGAACCGCGUCAGUGUCACGAAAUCAGAGGCAUUCACAAAUCGUAUAAUGUAUGGAGAACUUGCAAUAUGUGUAUUAGGCAUUUACAUUUGCUUUAUAAAAUGGGGCGAAAUGCAAGAACGAAUCACCACCCUGCCCUACAACAAUGGCACAAUUAAAUUCAAGCACUAUUUAUUCUUGAAUCUGGCACAAUCGAUCAUCGCAUCCCUCGCAUCAUCCGCAUACGUGCUCAUCACAAAACAAGGAAUAGGCAAAAUAUCACGACCACUGAUAUACGAGUACAUCCAAGUAUGCGUCAUGCAAGCCAUCGCACCCCAAUUCGGAUAUGCAGCUCUGAAACAUAUAGAUUAUCCAACGGUUAUAUUGGGCAAGAGCUGUAAACUGGUGCCUGUCAUGGUUGCUGGGAUUGUGCUGCAUCGCAAGUCGUUUGCGUGGUAUAAAUAUGUGGUUGUGGCAUUGAUAACAGCUGGUGUAUCGGGGUUUAUGCUGCUGCAUGAUCAAGAGAAUACUAGUAAGGGUAGUCAGAGUAGUAGUGCAUAUGGACUGUUGCUGCUGACAUGUAAUCUAUUAAUCGACGGAGCCACCAACUCGACCCAAGAAUCCAUGUUUAAACGUUACCAUAUAAAAGGCCCGCAAAUGAUGUUCUUUAUGAAUAUCGGACUUGCAUCCAUCAUGGCUACAUACCUCCUCAUAAACCCAUACACGUCCGAAAUAUCAAACGCAGUUAUAAUGAUGAAACAGGAUCCAUCUCUAAUGACAGAUAUCUUGCUUUUUGGAUUGUGUGGUGCAUCAGGUCAGCUGUUUAUCUUCCAUACACUACAACGAUUUGGAGCAGUCAGUCUGGUGACUGUCACGGUGACACGUAAAAUGCUGACAAUAUUAUGGUCUGUGUUCCGAUUUGGACAUUAUUUGAAUGCUGGACAGUGGGUGUCUGUUGGGCUGGUGUUUAUUGGGAUACUGGUGGACGGGUAUGCGCCAAAGGAGUAUGUAAAAAAGGAACGACUGGAAUUAGGACAAAUGGAUUCUGCUUCUAGUACUGAUGCUAUACAUGCUAUGAAUGGUGAUAUAACAGCUGCUACGAAUGGUUUAGUCUCGAACGGGUCUGUCAACCAGCAAACGAAUGGUCGUGUCAAAAGUAGUAUUGAUGCUGUCACGGAAAUGAAACCGAAACGAAGGACCUCUGAACGUAUACGUAGAUCACGACAAGUAUAA